GGACCUGAGUUGCCAGUCUGCCUUUGCAAAGAAAGUAAACUCAUUAGUGGGAGGGAUGGUAACUUUAUUUUCACUUUUCUCUUCCUGUUUUCUUCAGACUCUGGGAAAGCAACUCAGAAUUUCCAAUCUUUUCCAAUUCCCACGUGACUUCCUAAUUUAGAACGAAUUCAAAGAAAAUCAAAAGUCUUUCUCCAUUUGGAGAAGACUCCGCCGCCUGCAGUGGAACAUCCUCAUUUUGGGAUUGAGCCGGCCUCGGACGGGGGAGCUCCAGCCCCAGUCCCCAAACCCAACUCAAAAAGACUCCUCGUGUGACGUUGGGGGGGGUCACACGACAGUUUAAUUACUGGAAAUGCUUCGGCUUUGCAAGGCUGGAACUUAGCGGGAGGCCUAGGGAAGACGCCGGGUGGGGCGAGGAGAAAGUGACCCUGCCAGUUCAAGAAACCUUUGGGGGUCCCGCACCUUCUGAGGUACAAGUGCCUGGCUGCGUAGACGAGGCUCUGGGGUUUACCCCGGAGGCCCUCGGCACCCAUUGCCGCCGAGGCCCGACAGUUUGGCUGCAUCGUAAGCUGAGAGAUGAUGAGCCCUCGGCCAGCUCGCCGGGGAGUGGGAGGAGCGGACGCGACCCUGGACCUCGGUUGUCCAGUCGAUGCAGCAGACUUCUUAGAAUUCCUCGAUCCAAGCACCAGUCUGGAGGGAGGUCUGGCCUCACCCCUUUUCCCCAGCUGCAUUUAGACUGGGGCAGAUAGAGAAUUAAGUAGCAACCACCAAAAAGCACCUUUAGCGAUUUGGCAGCCUGUGUGAAGCUCAGCCAUCCGGCUUUUACUAGAGCAGCACACCGGGGCCUUUCCCUCCGCAGGGCAGGCAGCUGCAGUUGGCCGCCCUGGCUUUGCUCCAGAUUCGGCCCUGGGUGACAUCACCAAACUCCGCUGAUCAGUGGGUGGGAGCCCCGAAAUCCCCUAAAAACAGAGUGAGUAAUCGGCGGGCCCGCCCUCCAGGCGGGGCCGGGACCAGGUUCUAGCCGCGUCGCCCGCUGCGCCAGCCCCAGGAACAGCCUCGGAGAGGGUGGCCGGUUCGUCUCCGGGUCGGCGCGCGCUUAUUCCCGACCCGCGGCGGCAGCAGCGCGCGCGGCCUAUUAGUAGUGGGCUAUGCAGACACUUGCUCUCGGCCCCCGCGCAGGGCGGGGGUGAUGCAGCGCGCAGGCGCGGCCGGAUUCCGGGCAGUGACGCGGCGGCGGGCGCGCGCGGCGCAUUUCCGCCUCUGGCAAAUGGCUGGUCUGUAGCGCACGCCGCGGGCCCAGCUACGACCCCGGCCCCGCCCCCGGGACCCCGGCCAUGGAAGACCUGUUCCCUCUCAUCUUCCCCUCAGAGCCAGCCCAGGCUUCUGGCCCCUAUGUGGAGAUCAUUGAGCAGCCCAAGCAGCGGGGCAUGCGCUUCCGCUACAAGUGUGAGGGCCGCUCAGCAGGCAGUAUCCCAGGCGAGAGAAGCACGGAUACCACCAAGACCCACCCCACCAUCAAGAUCAAUGGCUACACAGGACCAGGGACAGUUCGCAUCUCUCUGGUCACCAAGGAUCCCCCUCACCGACCCCAUCCCCAUGAGCUUGUGGGGAAGGACUGCCGGGAUGGCUUCUAUGAGGCUGAUCUCUGUCCUGACCGCUGCAUUCACAGUUUUCAGAACCUGGGGAUCCAGUGUGUGAAGAAGCGGGACCUAGAACAGGCCAUCAGCCAGCGCAUCCAGACCAACAACAACCCCUUCCAAGUUCCUAUAGAAGAGCAGCGUGGGGACUAUGACCUGAACGCUGUGCGGCUCUGCUUCCAGGUGACAGUGCGGGAUCCAUCAGGCAGGCCUCUCCGCCUGCCUCCUGUCCUCUCUCAUCCCAUCUUUGACAACCGUGCCCCCAAUACUGCUGAGCUCAAGAUCUGCCGAGUGAACCGAAACUCUGGGAGCUGCCUUGGUGGGGAUGAGAUCUUCCUGCUGUGUGACAAGGUGCAGAAAGAGGACAUUGAGGUAUAUUUCACGGGACCAGGCUGGGAGGCCCGUGGCUCCUUUUCACAAGCUGAUGUACACCGACAAGUGGCCAUUGUGUUCCGGACCCCUCCCUAUGCGGACCCCAGCCUGCAGGCUCCCGUGCGUGUUUCCAUGCAGCUGCGGCGGCCUUCUGAUAGGGAGCUCAGCGAGCCCAUGGAAUUCCAGUAUCUGCCAGACACAGAUGACCGUCACCGGAUUGAGGAGAAACGCAAAAGGACAUACGAGACAUUCAAGAGCAUCAUGAAGAAGAGUCCUUUUAGUGGACCCACUGACCCCCGGCCCCCACCCCGGCGCAUUGCUGUGCCUUCCCGCAGCACAACUUCUGUCCCUAAGCCAGCCUCCCAACCCUAUCCUUUCACACCAUCCCUCAGUACCAUCAACUUUGAUGAAUUUCCUCCCAUGGUAUUUCCUUCUGGGCAGAUUGCAAGCCAGGCCUCAGCCUUGGCACCAGCCCCUACCCCAGUUCUGGCCCAGGUCCCAGCCCCUGCCCCAGCCAUUGUCUCAGCUCUGGCUCAGGCCCAGGCCCCUGUCCCAGUCCUAGCCCCAGGCCCUCAGGCUAUCGCCCCACCUGCCCCAAAGCCCACCCAGGCUGGGGAAGGAACACUGACGGAGGCCCUGCUACAGCUGCAGUUUGAUGCUGAUGAAGACCUGGGGGCACUGCUUGGCAACAGCACAGACCCAGCUGUGUUCACGGACCUGGCAUCCGUCGACAACUCUGAGUUUCAGCAACUGCUAAACCAGGGUGUUUCUAUGGCCCCCCACACAGCUGAGCCCAUGCUGAUGGAGUACCCUGAAUCUAUAACUCGCCUGGUAACAGGAUCCCAGAGGCCCCCUGACCCAACUCCCAUCCCACUGGGGACCUCAGGGCUCCCCAACGGCCUCCUAUCAGGGGAUGAAGACUUCUCCUCCAUUGCGGACAUGGACUUCUCAGCCCUUCUGAGUCAGAUCAGUUCCUAAGGGAGUGACUUCCGCCCUGCCCAAAAGCACUGGUUUGUAGGGAAUUGAGAUCCUCCCAAAGCACUUACGGAUUCUUGGAGGUAGGGGAGUGCUCUGGCUGCCCCUAACUUCUUUGGUGAUGUCUUCCUUGGGGGGCUCGCAUUUUAUUCUUUUAUUGGCAGUAACUCUAUCUCUCUUUUUGGAGGUGCUUAAGCAGAAGCAUUAACUUCUCUGGAAAGGGGGGAAUUGGGAGGAUUCAAAUUCUUUCUUCCCCUAUCCUGAUGGUCAGCUCCCUUCUCUGUACAGGGAACUCUGGGGGGCCCCAUCCCUAUCCUUCAGCUUCUGGUACUCUCCUAGAGAGAGGAGCAGGCUGGAGCUAUGGCCUUUGAUGCUACAAAACCUUUUUAUCAAGUGUCUUUCACAUCAAGGAUUCGUUACACCGUGAUCUGAAAUAGUACCCAUUACCAGCCUCUCUGACACUGGCAUUGUCCCUGUGCCUAACACCAGCAUUUAAGGAGCUAGCCUUCCUGCCCUGCAGAAGUCUCUGCCAGCUUUUUCUUUGCUCAAACUGUGUCUGAAGGGAACUGGUGAGACAGUUGGCUCUCUCUAGGAUCCAGAGGUUAGGUCUGAGACUUCCUUGCUCUCCCUUUUCUCAAGUGCCUUAAUAGUCGGAUGAGUGGUUUGGAGAGUGGGGGAGGGCAGGCUGGCAGCUCUCCAAUCAGGAGGCAGUUUUUACUGAAAAAUCAAAGCACUUGGAUUCUUGCUCUUUCUACUCUGAAUAAAUUUGUUGCCAAGCUGC